AUGCGGAUGUCCUUGUCCUUGUCCUCCCCCUCCUCCUCUUCCUCCUCCUCCUCCUCCUUUUUGUUCUUCGCCGUCCUCCGUCCCCUCCCUCUGGCCAGGCCCGGGGGGGGGUGCGCGUGCGCCGCCCUUGGGCGCCCAGGAACGCGGCCCACGGGCCCCCAGGAACUGCAUCGGUGGCGUGCAGCUGGCGUCCUCCCACCCUCGGGCUACGCGCUGCUCCGCCUGCCCCACGUCGCGGAGGAGCCAGACAUGCUCCGGCUCACCGCCGACGUCGACAUCGACGGCGUGCGGCAGUGCGGCUUGUACAUCAAGGGCCUCGCACUCAGCGGCUCGUGGCUCGACGGCCAGGUCGUGCGCAUCCGCCCCUACACGCGCGACGUCGCCGGCUCCAACUUCGCGGGGGCCGCGGCGAGGACGAACUUCUCGCUGCAGCUGGGCGCCUCGCCCUGGAGGUCCUUCACGCGCGAGGACUCCGGCAGGCAGCUCGCCGUCGUCGGCCGGGUGACCGUCCGCUUCGUGUGGAGGGAGGAGUUCGGCCAGCGCGUGGAGGCCCAGAGCCUGGAGCUCUCCGUGGUCGGCGAGGGCGGGGAGGCCGCGCUGCUCUCCGUGCUGCAGGCCCCGCACCAGUCCCUGAACCUCGACAUGUGGGGCCUGGGCCGCCUGGGCCACUCGAGGGUCGCGGGCGUGCUCGGCACCGAGGGGCACCCGUCCGCGAUAGAGAUGCCCACGGACGAGUGCAGGGCGGAGGCCGCGCCCCACAAUCCCGACGCUGUGAGCAGGCAUAGGCUGUCGCGGUCUGUGAAGUCAGCCGCCUCGACCCUGAUGGCGAUGGCGUCGUGGUAG